AUGCAAACCCCGCCGCAACCCGACAACUACCACGCCCAUCCUUCUUAUCAGCCAUCGCCCUACAGCAAUGGUUCGCUUAAUGGCAUAAGUAACGGUCAGACAAGAACUGGAGCGGAGAUGUACAACCCCAACCAGAACCCGUACCAACAGCAGCAUCAGCCACCGCCGUCGUCGCAACAGCAAGGCUAUUACUACACAGGCUAUCCUCCGCAACAAGGUCAGGCAAGCAAUAACCCUCAACAGCAACACCAACAGCCACCGCAACAUCCUCUAUCUUUGCCCCCGGUAGGCUCUAUAGCACCACCACAGAGCUACCACCCUUCCUAUCCGCCACCACAGCCGCAGUAUGGCGGAGCCUACCAGUUACCCGGUGCGAUCCUACAGGGCCAACCGGGUCCCGCGCCUCGGCUACCGGUAGGGCAGCAACCACGGCAAGCCGCAGUGGACAGGAAGAUGUCGGAAAGCCGCGACGAUGGAAAAUACAUAUACUCGUUGCACGUUGAGCAGCAACCGCAACGGGCACGAAUGUGUGGAUUUGGCGACAAAGACAGAAGGCCGCUGACGCCACCACCUUGCAUACGGCUCGUCAUAAGGGACGUGACGACGAAGGAGGAGGUGAACGUGAGUGAUAUAGAUGGCUCGUUCUUCAUUCUUACCGUCGAUCUUUAUGAUGCGAACGCGGAUCGCGAGGUCAAUAUCGUUCGUGCCACUGCCGGUGCCAAUGCGCAAGCCAUAAGUAGUGCGACAAUGACGUCCUAUCCGCCAACGCAGGACAAUCGUAUGAGCUUCUUAAACACUGGCCCUAGCAUUGCCUAUCCGGGCAUGGCGCCAGGUCCGAUGCCCAUGUCUUACGAGCAGCCCGAAUACGGCGUCCCUCACCCAUAUGGAGGAUUACAGUAUACCAUGGGCCCGUUACCCGUACCGCAGACGCAAAUGUCGAAUUCAUUGUUCACGAGGAACCUCAUUGGCAGCCUGGCAGUGAACGCAGCCAAGCUCUACGACCCGCAGAACAAGACUUCGUAUUGGUUCGUACUGCAGGACCUAUCAGUCAGGACGGAAGGGCACUUCCGACUCAAGAUGAGCUUCGUUAAUGUCGGAGCGGGUUCGACCGGUGGCCUCAACCGGGGUAGAGCACCGGUGUUGGCGUUCGUCUUUUCGGAGCAGUUUCAGGUCUUUUCGGCCAAACGGUUUCCGGGUGUCAUCGAAAGUACCGAUUUGAGUAAAUGUUUCAGUGCGCAAGGGAUCAAGAUUCCAAUCAGGAAGGAUACUACGAAAGAGAGCAAAGAGGAAGAAGGGAGCAGUCCGGAAGCGUAG